CAGUGCCUUCUCGGCUUGCUUGCGUCCCCAUCUCACUCUCCUCCCCUCCCUCGACACGGCAACCCGGUCCCUGCCCCCAGCUGCUCGCGGGCGAGCUCGCCGUCACGCCCAUGGCGCCGCCGCCCACGGCCUCCACGCGGAGCCCCUCCUCCGCUCAUCCUCGCCCCCAACCGUAUUCCCAGCGAGCUUUGUGGCCUCUCACUGGUCCUCCCAAGCCCGCUCACCACCACCCCCAAGCCACCGGUGAGCUGCCGCCGCGGUACAGACCGCCGCCGGCCGUCUGCUCCAGUGGAACUCCACUCCCCAACCCUCCUCCGCCCGAGAUAGCCCUCGGAAUCGGUCCCCCACCUCACCCCGAAGCUCUCCAACUAGUCCUUGCCGCCCCUCCUUCACCGGAGCGCCGCCGCCGCGGAGCUCCACCACCACCGGCCGCCCUGCUCUGUGGAGCCGCCGCCUCGGGCCUCCUCCCCGCGAACCGAGGACACCCAGAGGUGCGAUAGAUGAACCGCAUGGAGGAUGUGAUGUCGAAGCCGAGCCAGAAGACGGUGAAUGGUGGACACGUCUAGAAGAUGGACGGUUGGAUUCCGAUGUGCUCGACCGAAGGAAGAUGCUCGCUGAGCACUUAUUCUUUAACUAACACUGACCUAGUGUUAUUUCCAGGCAAGCCCCGGAGCAUGUCCUAUCUAUUUUUAAAUUUUUGCAACUUAUUACCGUUUCUAUCUACUUACGCAUUUAAGUUUACAGGAGUUGCUUGGAACCUUAGCUGCAUGAUCCAGGUACCUAUGCUUGAACACUAGUAUGUGUAGGUCGCUAGUUGGCUAGGCUAAUGGUUCGGUAGAAGUCGAGUGAUUU